CUGUAUGGACAAUGGUAGCAGAAAUCCGUGGGAGUUGUUGAAGGGAGAGUGUGUACUUAGUGACGAUAGACGUUUCACAUCAAAUGUAAACUUUGAAUCUAUGUAGUUAUAAAAAUAUGAUACUAUGGAUCAUGGAUACUGGCUGAUGUCCACCCGUGGACAUCAAACACAUUGGUCAAGAUGUUAUGGAAUACAUCGAACAGAAUGUAAAACUCACAUCGAGUUAAGCAUAGCGGAACUCGAAACUUGUAUCGUGAAGCCUAACUUGCUAUUUGAGUUCGUGGCAACGUAAUAUGGCGCCCUUCAAGCUUAUAUUUACGUCAGUAUUAGUUUUGAUUUCUGUCCAUAUUAUGGUUUUAGAGUGUUCUCGGACUUAUUGUUCUGGUCCUAUGUGCACUAGGACAUCGUGUCCUUCUAGUUGUUCCUGUCUUGGCGGUUUAGUCGAUUGCAGUCGUCGAGGACUAGUUGACAUCCCUAAUGAUAUUCCGUAUUGGGUGCAAAUUUUGGAUUUACAGAAUAAUGACAUCGCAUCUAUCGGGGAAUCUUCUCUCAGUGGUCUCCAUAACCUAACAGAACUAGACUUGAGUAACAAUCAGUUGAGAUCAGUUAAUAGCUCACAGUUUCAAAACCUCCCUUCUCUACAAAAACUGCAUAUUAACCAUAAUCAUUUAACAGAACUUCCUGAUUUGGGUUAUCAAUCUUCCCUAACUGUACUCAAUGUGCAACAUAAUGAAAUCCAUAGUUUGAAUUCUUCAAUAUUAGAGGAUUUUCCGAAACUGCAAGUUCUUGAGUUGAGCUUCAACAGUCUUGUAGACUUACCAGCAAACACAUUUGGAAAUUCAUCGUCUCUUUUGCAUUUGUCUUUAAGUCAUAAUCGAAUUGUAAGCUUAGAGAAAGGUAUUUUUGACAACUUGUGGUCACUUGAAAGCUUAAAAUUAUCCAAAAACAAACUUCAAUCCAUACCCAAGGAAUUAUUCAGGCAGCUGAAGACUUUGUUACAUCUUGAAAUCAAUUCAAAUAGUCUUACGACCAUUGAGGGUCUUAGUUUCCAGGGGCUGGCCUCUUUAGUAGCUUUAAAACUGAGACACAGUGGGAUAACUAAUCUUCAGGAUGGUGCAUUCUAUGGACUCAAUAGUAUUAAGAAACUGUCCCUUGAUAACAACAACAUUGGGAAAAUCACCAAAGGAUGGCUGUAUGGCUUAAAUUCACUGCAACGAUUGUACCUUUUCAACAACAAUAUAUCUGAAAUUGAAGACGAUGCCUGGGAUUCUGGGAAAAGACUUGUUGAAUUGGAUAUGUCAAAUAAUAAAUUGCAAACAAUUUCCACCAAGGCUUUUGAUAAGUUGUAUGCUUUGAAAAGACUUGUUUUAGGUGAUAAUAUGAUCACCUAUAUUGAGGAGGAUUCUUUUCGCUCACUGGGAGCACUUCAAGUUUUAGAACUGAAAGACAAUGAAGUGUCAUGGACAAUAGAAGAUACGAGCAAAGUCUUUGCUGGUCUAGUCAGAUUAAAAUAUUUAGGCUUAGCCAAUAACGAAAUCAAGGCCAUAGUUAAAAGAGCAUUUAGUGAUCUUUCAAGGCUGGAAGUACUGAAUUUGACCCAAAAUGAAAUAACUACCAUAGAAGAAAAUUCUUUUUCAAGUAUGACACAUCUUCUGGAAAUCCAUAUGAAUACUAGUUCACUGUUGUGUGAUUGUCACCUGAAAUGGAUGGCCAGGACGUUCGGAUACAGAGUACAAGCGAAGUGCGGCUACCCCGAGAGGCUAGCUGGGAUUUCAGUAUUUGAUGUACCCCAAACUCAAAUGUUGUGUGAGAGCUCUCCUAAGCCGAUCAUUACUAAAGAACCAGUGGAGAAGAAGACGCUGAAAGGCGAGAAUGUCACUUUGGAGUGUCAGGCUAGAAGCACCAGUAACUCUGCUUGCAAAGUUCACUGGAGAAAAGAUGGAAAGCUACUCAACUCUAUUCGUCAUCCCACUAGAAACUUUGAUAUUGUUCAAGGUAAUUACACUACUUUCACCAGCAUUUUGAACAUCAAAAAUAUACAGGAUGAGGAUGAAGGGCGUUAUCAGUGUGUUAUCACUAAUAAAUUUGGUUCUGUGUAUUCAAGCAAAGCAAGGAUAACAGUGCAUAUCUUUCCAGUUUUUACCAAGACCCCUUCCGAUUUAGCCAUCAAAACUGGCAGUACAGCUAGGCUCGAGUGUGGAGCAAAGGGACAACCUCGCCCUGAAAUUGUUUGGCGGAAAGAUGGUGGCGGUGAGGAAUUUCCAGCAGCUAAAGAACGCCGCAUGCAUGUCAUGCCAACGGAUGAUGUAUUCUUCAUUGUUGGUGUGAAGCCCAGUGACACUGGUGUUUACAGUUGUGCCGCUUCUAAUAUUGCUGGCACCAUUGUUGCAAACGUCACCCUUACUGUAUUAGAAACUCCUUCCUUUGUGAAAAAAAUGGAAGACAAAGAGACGAGGGCCGGCGAGACCACCGUCCUGGAAUGCCUGGCAUCAGGCAGCCCUAGGCCGAAACUGAAGUGGACGAAAGACGGUGGCUCUCUUUAUGCCACUGAAAGACACUUCUUUACUGCUGGUGACCAACUUCUGAUCAUCGUUCAGACGCAGGCAUCUGAUGCUGGCACCUACACCUGUGAAAUGUCCAAUACUCUGGGGACGGAAAGAGGUUCUAGUCAAUUGAAAGUUAUGCAAGUCUCUCAGAAUGGAUAUGCAGUGGAAGAAAGUCAUACCACUACUGGCGUCAUAGUCAUUGCAGUUGUGAUCUGUAUUGUUGGUACAUCUAUAAUCUGGGUUGUCAUCAUAUAUCACACAAGAAAGCGGUCUGAGGAGUACCCACAAGGGGGAGCCACUUCUUCUGUUCACUCUUCUGAUUUGGCUCCAUACAGCUCUUGCUCGGGGAUAUGUCCUAAGGAAUUCAGGCGUCCUUCUGGCAGGAACCUUUUUCUUGAUUCUCAAUCUGGUCAUUCAAAAGACAGUGGCACAGGAGACAGUGGUCAACAAAGCAGUGAUGAUAUGUUGGUAGAAGAUGAUCAUGAUCUUCUAAUUGAAAUGCCCUCUACUUAUGGAAGAGUUCCAAUUCGAAGCCACUUCCUUGAAUCGCAGGAGAAUGGUGAAGACAUUCAAGUUGUUCAAGAUCCAUGUGUUUCUGGUGUUCACUGCAGAGAACAAGUACCCUUGUUGCACACUUUUAGAACUAAUCUCAAAAAUUCUGAGAAACAAUUUCCUGCACUUGGGGAAAAUUCUAAUGGUCAUUAUAGCUUGACCCACUGUCGGCCGCAAAGGUGGCCUUUGGACACUGUUCAACGAUCGUACUCCGCAGAGCAGCUAGGAGGAGAGAACUCUCACAUACAAUGUAAUCCUCCCCUCGAGUCUUUGCUUCGGACCGACAGCGAUACGACCGAGAGAGAUUCUGGGUUUUCCACUUUUCCGCGGAGUGCAACAUUAGCAUCGGUCAGCAACUGGAGCAGUGACUCACCCAGAUUCCUGAGGCUACCAAAAGAUAUUCCUAAUGAUAGUGGUAGUUUCUCGAUUGCUGGGGACGAAACUUCUCAAGAGCUGCCCAACAGGUGUCGUUCCAUUACCGCUCUUCCCUCUCACAUUGUGGUCAUCCCCAACGAAAGGAACAGCUGCGUCUGCAUUGCAGGACCUCCAGACGCAUAGCACCUGGCGUGAAAUUGAUUUUGUACAUUUGUGAAAAGUAAAAUCAUCAUAGUCAUUUUUAUUCAUUUUUCAUUUAAGCACAGUUCAGUGUUGUAUAUACGUUCUAGCAGCUAAAAUAGAGUGUAGAUAAUAGUAUAUGAGUUUUAAGAAUGAAAAAUGUAGGGUCUACAUUUACUACCUCACCAAAUUGAGGAUUUUUGUUUUUUAAUUUUUAAAAUAAAAAGUUUUAAAGCUUUUGAUAUGUAAUUAAAAGUUGAUGAUUUUACUACCUCACUCUUCUAAGUUGUUCCCUUCCCCCUCCCUUUAUGAUGCUUUCUUAAAUUCUUAUCUUGCAUUUUAAAUUGUGCAAGAUUUUAAAUUUGAUACACACUGAAAAUGUGUUCUUCAGAAACCUUAAAUGACUUCUUGAAAAUUUUGGAUUAUUCCAAAAUAUUUUAGGUUUGAGAAUAACUUUUG